AUGCAACUUUGGUUGGUUUUUCUGCUGUUAAACGGGAUCGAAAGCCAUGUUGUAUACCGAACACGAUGGCCAAAGUACAUCCAGAAAAAACGUUAUAACAAGCCCGUUAAGACUCCCGAUUACUGCCAUGGAAGCAUUUGUCCGAACUACACAGUACAUAUUACAUGUGGCGUACGAUUUUGGUCUCCGAGAUGCGGCAAAAAUCACCAGGGCAUCAAGCUAACCCCUUAUCGAGAUGAUAUCUUGAGGAAAGUAAAUACAAUUCGCAGAAGUGUCGAGCGGGGAUUAAAUGAUUUGCCGAGGGCCGCUAAAUUGCCAGCACUAUCCUGGGAUGAAGAGCUAUCCGUGAUGGCGAUGAGGGUCACUAACCAAUGCAGCGAACACUCCCAAUCGCUCUGCGUGAAUACCUUUCACCACAGGGACGUGGGUGAAUCCACAGAUUUUAUGGAGCUGCGCUCUAACUCUAAAGGCUUCAAUGCACUAAACUUCAUUGACUUGUGGUUCGACUUGUAUACCCUGAUGAGGCCCGAGUAUGUUCAGAGCUUUCCUGAUGUCUCCCCUGAGGACCAUCUUAAAGUUUUUGCCAAUCUAAUCUAUGAGAAGAACAGACAGAUUGGCUGCGGAUUGCUAAAAUCUAAGAAAAGGAGGUUUUUCACCUGUCUCUUUAACAAGAAAAUUAUACCCAAUCAGCCGCUUUACAAAACUCGUACUUUCAGGACCCCCCCUAAAAGCUAUUAA